CACCCGCUGCCCGCGCCCCCGGCGGUGGCGGCGCAUGCGCAGGGCCGUGCUGGCGGUGGUGGCGGUAUGGGGCGGGCGGCGCUGGCCCUGUGGGCUCUGGCGGCGGUAGCCGUACUCUGGCGGCUGGAGCCCGCCGCGGCGGGGGGACCGGCAGAUGUCAAAUGGAAAGCAAUAAUUGACCAAAUUAAGAAAGCUGUGGAAGCCUAUGAGCCCUGUGUAAAGGAGAAUUGCAGCUGUCACCAAAGUGUCUGGAAGCAGGACCUGGCUCCUUUUCGAGGUGGCAUUUCCAAGGACAUGAUAUCAGAUGUGGUGAGCCGGAAGCUGGGGACACACUACCAAAUCAUUAAGAACAAAUUGUUCCGUGAGCAGGACUGCUUGUUCCCUGCAAGAUGCAGUGGAGUUGAGCACUUCCUUCUGGGGAUCAUCAACCGCCUCCCUGACAUGGAAAUGGUGAUCAAUGUGCGAGACUACCCCCAGGUCCCCAAGUGGAUGAAACCUAUUAUCCCAGUCUUCUCCUUCAGUAAGACACCUGACUACAAUGAUAUCAUGUAUCCUGCCUGGACGUUUUGGGAAGGAGGACCAGCUGUUUGGCCAAUCUACCCAACCGGUUUAGGGCGCUGGGAUCUCAUGAGAGAGGACCUCAGAAGAUCUGCAGAAAAAUGGCCAUGGAUGAAAAAAAUCUCUAAAGCAUAUUUCCGAGGAUCCAGAACGAGCCCUGAGAGAGACCCCCUCAUUCUGCUGUCCCGAGAACACCCAGAACUUGUUGAUGCUGAGUACACUAAAAACCAGGCUUGGAAAUCUGAGAAGGACACCUUAGGAAAGCCUCCUGCAAAGGAAGUUCCACUGGUUGAUCACUGCAAAUACAAGUAUCUGUUUAAUUUCCGGGGAGUGGCUGCCAGUUUCCGGUUGAAACACCUUUUCUUGUGCGGUUCGCUCGUCUUUCACGUUGGAGAAGAGUGGUUGGAGUUCUUCUACCCCCAGCUGAAGCCUUGGGUCCACUACAUCCCAGUCCGAUCAGAUCUCUCCAACGUCAGGGAGCUCUUGCAAUUUGUAAAGGAAAACGAUGCCAUAGCGCAAGAAGUUUCAGAGAGGGGACGCCAAUUCAUCACAGAGCACUUGCAGAUGGAGGAUGUCUCUUGCUACUGGGAGCAUCUGCUGUCUGAAUAUUCCCAAGCCUUGACUUACAAAGUGAAAAGAAGGAAGAGCUACAGCGAGAUCACAUCUGAAUGGCUGAAAACAGAACUGUAGAGACUUCUCUGUUUUUUUUUUUUUCUUCAGCUCAAACUGAUCUCUGUGGAAACCUGAAGAUCAGUGUAUCUUCUUUCUUGUUCUGACUUCUUACCCUUUACACUAGAGCUACAGGGAACAGCAAUAGGCAAACUUUGAAGUCGGUCCCGCACAGUGGGACCUGGUUAUACUGUUGCCAUAAGAUCGUCAAGUAGAAUGUUAGAUUGUGGCUAUUUAACGGGAUGGUUAUGCGGGAAGAGGUUUGUUAGCAUUUGGGGCUUAGUUACUACCUGUCUCAGAGUGAUCCUAAAUCCUAUUCAGCCAGUGAGAAGCCUUUCUGUUUAUUGGACAUUUUACCAAGCCCUCUGCACUCCUGGGCAAGGCAUGCAGACUGUCAGCUAUGCACAGCUGGGAGAUACGUCCCCCUUUUUAUGCAGAUAGUCAAAUGUUUUCUCACCCUUGCGAUAGCACUUGGGAGAUUAGGUGUUCUCUGACAGAAGCAGGUACUGGGAUUUCGAGUAACCUUUCUAGAUAGCUUACAGCUUAGUUUUCUGACGUUUACGUCAGGUUUUUAAACAAGUUGAUGGUCAGGCUGUGAUGUGCCACUGAAAGGACGAAUGAUCCUCGCAUACUUAAAACUACCUACCUCACGGGGGAGCAGCCAGUGAUGAUGAUGUUGCUGCAGUGCUAAGCCUGAGUAGCAGGCAGCCGAGCAGCUGGCAACCAAGAUAAAGACGGCUCACCCUCUGACGGGUGAGCUGGGUGCCCGCACAGCCACACAGAGCUGAGCACCUAUUACCAAGCUCUCCCCAGUGGCUGGUGGACAUCGGUAAGAACGCAGAGAAAGUGUGUGUAGAGUUAGAUCAGCUCUUCUUUUUUCCAGAUGCUCACAGAUUCUCUGCUCUGACCCCCUUCUGUAAUCUUUCUAGGGUUGUUUUGGGUUGGUUUUUUUUUUUGGUUGUGGUUUUUUUUUUUUUUCCUAGGCUGGUAACACAUCUGCUCACUUCAGUAUUCAUUUUUCUUUCCCAUGGCUGUUAUGCUCCUUUUCCUGUCUCCUUCAGUCUGGCUGAGGGGAUGCCUUCAGCCACCCAGUGGCAGCUACUCCUCACGUUACUUAAUUUGAGUUCAGUCAGAGGUUGCCUGUCCUCACUGUAUUUAUGCCCACUACAGGCUGCUCAGCUCAGAGGGAGUGCGAUUUCUGGAAUGCCCUCCUCUGGCCCCUGGGCUGAGAGGCCUGGUAGGAAGCAGCAUCUCUGGCAUCCAGGCAGGUACUCAGAAGAGCAUGGGCAGCAGCACAGGAUCUCGGGAGGGCUGCCACCUCCCAGGUGAGCACCCUUGAUGAUAAAGUGGCCUCAAGGGUUAGGAGGCAGGACGGUGGUGGGAGAGAAUGAUAGUAGUAGCUCACGCUCUCCUCUGCGGUCAGCUUGGAUCAGAGAAGAUGACACUACGAGGAGCAGUAACCCUAAGUGCACCUACAGGUGUAUGUGCUUAUGAGGAGGCCUCGCAGCACUGCUGAGUCCCGGUAUGGGGGUGUAACUGACCUAUUGGUCAAGCGCCAGCUGCUGGGGCAGCACACUGCUUACGCGACCGGCGCCUGGGUUAUCCCAGCCUGCAAAGGAAACAAGUCAGGUAUUAAAGUAGCCUGGUUUCUGACGAAAAGAACCGUGCCAAGAGUGGAAGGGGUUUUCUGGUUUUGUAGUUUUAGUCAAUGGAGAGACAAAGCUCUGAGAAACUGAAACAGCUAUGUACAGUAUUUUUAAACGAUUUUUAAUGAAGUGCUUUUGGAAUAAAAUGAAGUUUUGUUCGA